AUGUGGGAAAUAAUAAAAGCAUUCCAGCGGAAAUUGCAGUUGUUCGAAAAUGAUUUAAAUUCAAAGGAAUUGCUUCAUUUUGCUUCAUUGAAAGCUCAUAUUGAAAACAAUCCUAAUGAAAACAUUGGCAUGGACAUCUUUGUCGAGUUUUUACAAAAAGUGCAGAUCGAAUUUUCUUCGCGAUUUUCAGGAUUUAAUCAAAUCUCUGAUUUACUCACUGCUUUAAAGACUCCGUUUUCUAUGGAACCCAACAGUAACUGGGUUACACAAGCUAUGCAUCUCUUCAGUGGUAUUGAUAAAGCCAAGCUUCAACUGGAAACUAUCGAAUUACAAGAAAGCAGUGUAUUAAAAGAAAGUUAUCAAGAAACACAUAUAACCAUGUUUUGGACUGAUAUUUUGCCCGUUGAAACUUAUCCUAAUCUACGAAAGAUAAGUUCGUUUGUAUUGACAAUGUUUGGAUCAACUUAUAUUUGCGAAGCUGCAUUCUCAAAAAUGAAUUAUGUGAAAAACAAGUUUCGAAACCGACUAACCGAUCGUCAUCUUGAGGAUUGUUUGGUUGCUGCUACUACUAGCUACAAUCCUGAGUUUACCAAGUUGGCUAAAGACAAAAAAUCGCACUUCUCACAUUAG